AUGCCUCGCACGCGCCGCUUGUCAGAUGGCGACGAUCUGAGACACGAUGGGCCGAGUGGCAGCGGCAGUGCCGAGCGGAGGGAAGUGGAUGACGAUGGCUCCGGCGAAGUGAAGGAGCCGCAGCGACGCCAGAAUACCAGCUGCGAUGCUUGUAGAUCAAGAAAGGUUGCAUGUAAGAAGCUGAAAGGGGAACAAAAGUGCCAGCAUUGCAAAAGCAAAGGCAUUGAAUGCACCACAGUCUACAUCCAGCUGGCCACAAACGGUUCGAAGAGACCUACCAAGCGGCUGCGGGGUGCUACGAUAGUCACGUCUAGUAGCGCUGGCAGUGGUGGCGCCGGCGGCAGCGGAGAGGGUGUCAAUGGAAUCGCGGACGACUUGCCACUUCCUGUGGUAAGAUUCUGCCUGUUGAGGGACAACGAAUACGACCCAGGAGUUGGCGUACCUAUCACUCGCGCGAACGCGAGAGACGGCAGGUCUGUGUCUCCCUCGCUCGCCGUGCGCAGGCUGAGCCCGACCACUGCAGCAGAAAGCAGGCUGGUCAUAACACAAGCAAGAGAAGAUCUUUGCAACGAUCUCGUAGACACGUACUUCAAGCUGGUCCACAUUCGAUACCCGGUCCUCGACGCUGAAGCGUUUCUACAGAAGUAUCGGGAAGGCAACCCGCCAGACGUGCUCUUAGCCGUCAUUUUGGCCUGGGGGGCCAAGUAUUCCGAGUCACCUAUCAUCGUCGCGGAUCGCAAGGAAACCGCUGCUCAGUUGACACCAAGGCAACAGCAGCGUCGAGCAGCAGCAGCCCACGCUGAAGGGAAAGACGCUGUGAUGGCACGAAGUCAACCCGUCCGAGACGUGAGCGUCCCACCAGAGCCACACAGCUUGCUGGGCAGGUCUCGCAUAGCAGAAGACCUGAUCGUCAAGGCUCAGGAGGUGCUGGAUCGCAACAAAGCUCAUCGGAUUGCUACCAUGGACAAUGCUAAAGCUUGCUUGAUCAUCCAAGCUCUGUUCUGGCAGCGAGGUAUCGACGACGUCCGCAAGGCUCAAGUCCAAGGCCUGUCAGGGAGCGAAGAGGUGAUACGACCCACAAGGCGCGGACUCUACAAUUGCAACGGUGCCUGGGUCGUCAGCGGGCUCACGCACUUGAUCGAAUUGCGAGUGCAUCUUCAAGAGACGGUGUCGAGGAUAGAAGACAUCAGCGUCAGAUCUCAGGCCACCAUGACAUGGUGGUUGGCGUGCAUGAUGGACGCGCACAUGUCUGCCAUGUUCCGACGCAAGCCACACUUGAGCAUAGAGGACUACGACGUGGAGCCACCGUUCGCCGCGCAAAAUGCGGAAAAUUACGGACCGCAUCCUCUUUCGGCCCAGAUCGAGCAACAGAAAUGGCUUAGCGCCGCGACGGACCAAGUGGAAAUGAUGAGAGAGGUCUACUUCUCCCUCUGGACGCCCCGAGUCGCGAAGGAAGGCGUGUCGGUCCUGCGGUUGAAGGGCUUGAUUGGCCACGCGGAGAGAUGGCGAAGCAGACACUUGGGCGCUGUUGGCGCGCCAUCGCCCUCCUGGCCUGCAUACUGGUCUUUCGCGACAGCGGUCACGGCAGCAGCCUCCGACGUGAAUUACCACAUCGUGUGGAUCUUCAUGUUUCAAGCCAUCGAAGAAUUUGGGAUUUCGGAGUUGCGCAAGGCAGAGCAACAUCAAGAAGAUGGCAAAUUCAAACGACCACUUCUGCCGCGGCGGAAGGAGAAUGACACACCUGAAAUCGUCGAAGCCCAGGCGCUCAAAGCCCGCAUCUAUGACGAGGCGCUGAAUGCGGCAACGCGCACGGCUGCGGUCACGCAAGUUCUGCAAGAGAAUGGCUACCUGCGUCUUGAAGCAGGAAUCAUGAAAGUCGCCAUGAGCGAAGCCGGCUACUGUCUGGCGCACUUCAAGAGGCCAGAAAUCCUGAGCAUCAUUUCAGGUCUUCGUCAGUACGGCCAAGCAUUUGAGGAGUGCUAUGACCAAGCCGACUCCCUUCAACUGCUUGCCGCCACGUACAUGGAGAAUGUUGACAGCGAU